GUCUGUGGUGAUAACGCCAAUGGUUACAACUUCGGUGUAUUGACAUGCGAAUCGUGCAAGGCGUUCUUCCGUCGAAAUGCCAUCAGAGAAGAAGAGAUAAAGUGCCCAUUUUCGAGCAACUGUGAGAUCACACCUGCUUCCCGUCGUUUCUGUCAAGCCUGUCGACUUCAAAAAUGCUUUGCGGUCAGUGCACUGAGCUCAUCACUCAAGCGUUUGCUGACUAUAUGA